GAUACGUGACAACACACCACCAUCACCCAAACAACCCUCAAUAAUGGAAUCUGACCUAGAUUCGGAUAUCUCCUCCAUCCGCGCAGAAAUCCGCGCCCUCCAAUCCCGUAAACGGUUCCUCUCCUCCAGCCUACUCUCCUCCGACGCUCUUCAGAAACACCUUCCCAACCCUAGCAUCCCAAUACCACCAUCAUCAUUGGAAUCGCAAUCGCAAUCGCAGCUUGCAGAAGCAUCACCCCUAGUCCAAUCCGCCAACACCCAUUCCGAAUCGAACCACCACCGCAUCGCUUUCUCGACGACCGCGUUUCCGUUUACGGAUCCUUCGCCUUAUGGCUCGUCGGGAAGAGGGAAAGAUAGUGAGAAGGAGCAUGAAAAAAAUCUACUAGGUGUGCGCAUUGAUGUCUGCGCGCGGAACGGCCGAUUUGUGAGACCGUUUUAUGUACUCCUAAAGCGUGUUACUGGACAUGAUGGCCAACGGCGGCUGCGCAUACAUCGACAUACGAUCCCCGCGUUCAUCUCGAUGCAGAAAUUAGAGCGAAUAUACCUUCCCACGCCAUCGCAGACAGCAGACCAGGAACAGGGCGAAGGCGCGGAAGAAGAGGAACUUAAACCCUGGAAGAAGAAGCGACCAACCAGAAAACCAGACCUUCACGCCUUCGUCCGAACACUCCGACGCGAACUAGUCUCGUGGCAGAAGAGACACGACGCCAUUGGGUUAUUGCGGGAGAAGCUCGGGGUGCGGAAUCAGGAUCCUGACUCUGAACAGGAUGUCUUCUCCGACGUUAAAGACGGAGGGUGGUUACCAAUUAAUUCGAUGGGUCUUGCGUCGCUAUCACCUACAGCAUUGGAAGCACGAUAUGUCCGGCUGGAAUGGGAGGAUGGGCGUGUGGGGCGGUUUAAAUUGUCUAAUACGGGGAUGGUCGAGCGCGCGGUUGUGAUUGGGGAUCAGGGUAGGGAUAAGAUGCUCGAAGCAGCCAUGACAGGCGGUGAUGGGAGGGUGGAAAGCAUGUUGGACCGGUUAGAGCAGUAUACUACGUCGCAGUCAUGACUGGGAUAAAUAUGAUGUAUGAACUAAUCCAGUGAUUAACGCUAUGCAUAUAACUCAAAAGACUGCUGAUGCGUGUGUAAUGCUGUCUGGAUAAUGACCAAAAGAGAUAAGGGAAAAA